CCGUCGUCGCCGCUCGUGUGUCGCAAGCAGGCAAGGCCGGCUAGAUUACAAAACUCACCGUCCGAUCAGUAGAAUCCCGGCCAUGUGGUGGCUCCGGAAAAUUCAAUUUUCCGAACAAUUUUCGUCGGUCUUGCGAUGAUUCGCAUGCGAACGCGAAAUUUUAUGAAACGGAAAAAAUGGUUCGUUUUUCGCGGAGAGAUUCGAGAGAAAGACAACGACUUGUAGAUAGUCCCAAAAUGAAUCUACACCAAAAUAAUAAAAACUCAAAUAAUGUUACAUUCCAACAAGUUCAUAGGUACAUAGAUGAUGAAAAUGAUGAUGAUGAUGAUGAAGUUGAUGAGAGAAUCAAUGAGACUGAUUUACUGUUCCUUAAGGAACUUAUGGAUAGCCCGAUCCUCUAUUCGUUAGUGAGGGUUCAUGAAAUCGAAGACGAUAUCCCUGUAAUACCAAAACCGGAGAGCACAGAAGGCAGAGACUUAUUGAAAGAGGUGCAGAUCAGGUGCAGCUUAUCGUGGAACAUCGAUGCUAGAGAAUUAGGAACUUUGCUCAAUAGCCCCGAGAUCAAGACUCUUAUAGAUUGCCACGACGACAUAGCAAAAAUAUACGAAAAUCCCAAACCUGAAAAAGAUAAUUCGCCGAAAUUAUUUCCAAACGGAAUGACUGGAGAGGAGUACAGAAUGGUGGGGGUCCGGAAAAAACCGGGAGAACCUCUAGGAUUAACGGUGCAAGUUGAUGAAAACGGAAAUCUAACAAUAGCGCGAAUAAUUGAAGGUGGUAUGAUCGAAAAACAAGGCCUUUUACACGUCGGAGACAUUAUUUUGGAGGUUAACGGAACUCCAGUAGCUACCCCCGAAGAUUUGCAAACGGAAAUCGCAAAAACGAAGGACCACGUGACCCUCAAAGUACACAGUGAUACCGGAAACGGUGAAGUGACACAUUCAAAUAUUGUUAUGGCCAAUGGAAACAAUGGAGUAACUAAAAAACUAACGUGCUAUAUGCGAGCUCUCUACGAAUACAUCCCACAAGAAGACACACUCCUGCCCUGUAAAGAAAUAGGCCUUCCCUUUGAUCGUGGAGAUAUCCUCCAGAUAGUGGAUCAACGCGACCCAAAUUGGUGGCAGGCGAAAAAAGUUGGUGGAGAUGGAACAACUGGUCUCAUUCCGUCUUUAGAGUUAGAAGAACGAAGAAAAGCCUUCGUACCCCCAGAAGCAGACUUUGUACAUACCAUAAGCAUUUGCGGAGCUAGAAUCUCAAAGAAGAAGAAGAAAAUUACAUACCAAUCAAAGAGUAACUGUGAUUUUGAUAAAGCCGAGUUGUUAUUGUAUGAGGAAGUGACAAAAAUGCCUCCAUUCAAGAGGAAAACGUUGGUUCUCAUUGGAACGCAAGGUGUCGGAAGAAGAACAUUAAAGAAUAGGUUGAUUAAUAGUGAUCCCGAGAAGUUUGGCGGUGUUGUUCCAUUCACGACCCGACCUCCGCGAGUAUUGGAGGAAGCUGGACAGAGUUAUUGGUUCACAGAUAGGGAAGCCAUGGAAGAAGACGUUAGAAACCAUAAAUUUCUCGAAUACGGAGAGUACAACGGCCAUUUGUAUGGCACUCAUUUAGACAGCAUUAGAGAUGUCAUUAAACAGGGAAAAAUGUGUAUUCUAGACUGCAGCCCAAUGUCUUUAAAAUUAUUGCAUAACAGCUCAGAAUUCCUUCCCUACGUCAUAUUCAUAGCAGCUCCAGGAAUGGAACAACUUAAAAAUUUGUACGAAGUCGGAAGAAGUACCACGAACUUGAGACAUUCAAGUAGGAACCUAACGUUUGAUCGACAGAGUUCAAUACGAUUUAGUUCCCGAAGAGCAAGAACAUUGGAAUCAUUAGCUUCAUUGUAUGAGGAAGAAGAUUUAAAACGGACAUUGGAAGACAGCGCAGGCAUGCAAAGAACUUACGACAAAUACAUAGAUAUGGUCAUUCCAAAUAACGAUUUCGACACAACCUUUAGACAAAUCAUUGAAGCCUUGGAAGCUCUUACAACAGAGCAUCAAUGGGUACCAGUCAACUGGAUUUAUUGAAGAAAAGAAAAUAUUCACUCUAGUAGUGCUAGUUUACAUUGAAUGCAGAUAAUUAGAAGAUAGGAAUAUUUUUGAUAGCAUCUGCCAUUCCAAAAUAUUUGUUUACUUCUCGUGUUGAUCAUCGGUACUUGCUGCGAAAGUUUUUGGGAAAAAAUACGGGGAUAUGGUUACACUUGAAUCCAGGGUUCUUUACCCCUGCGUCAUUAAUACCUGGUGAGAUAACACACAUACUUUUUAUCUAGCAUCUUUGUCUUCCACGCAUGAAACUAAAGACAAACCAGCUACCGCCUGUUAUUAAGUAAAGACACAUGUUAUUUUUCUGAACGCUCUAGACUCAGUAUAUCUAAAAGAGAUAGGUAACAAAAAACACGCUUGGGGACGUUUUCAGAUGUUAAGUACAAUUUGUGACGUUUCUGGGUUGUUUACUUGUCACUGUCAGUGUGUUGGAUUUUUUUGUUUUUUUUUGUGUCCUGUUUUUGCAUUUAGAAGUUAUUUAUAUUCCACAAACAGUUGUUUUCACAACUAAUUUUUUAUUGAAUUUUGAAAUGUUGUGGUAAGUGUACCUAUUUUAUUUUGCUAUUAAUUUACAUACAACGUUAACCUAAUUGUUAAGGACACAGUUAAGGAGUUGUUGAAGUUUUCGCAGAAGGUGGCAAAAGUGAAAUAAAUAAAAAAAAAAAGAAAAUAUUUUAUUGUCAAAUAUUUAUAUUAUAAGUAACUAAUAUUUAAUAUCACUAAUGCUAUUAAAAGAAUUUUUUAAGCUACAUUAAAUGUAGUUGUAAUUCUGCACCAAAAUUUUAAAGCAAAACUAACAUUUUACAUUAUAUUUAUUUUUGAUAAAGUCAAAUUUUAUAAUACAAUCCGUGAUCGGAACAUUAGCCACUUUCUGUCACUUGCUGUUGCGUGGAAUAGAUUUCCGACUUAUUUCGUAUGCUUUAAAAAUGAUGGCGCAUGGGUAAAGAAUCCUGGAUUCAACUGUAGUUAGUUAUUAUCUUUAUUUCUUUUCUCAUCUUGGUAAAUUUUUUUAUUGAUGACAGUUUGAUGAUAUUCUGUGGUGGAAUAGUGUUGUAUUAUUGAAUAAAUAGUAUUAUAGAACAUGAUCUCAAUAUAGCUAUUAUGAUAAAAUUCACUAGAUUGUAUUUUGACAGCUAUUCUCAUUUAUAAAACCUGUCGAACAUGAACACAAAUACAUACAGUCCGUACAAUAUACAUACCGUUGCACGUUAUUAUCUACGUCAGAGAUAUAAGUUUACAUUGUUGCCCAAUUCCAAAAAUUUCUUGAAUUCAUUUUAAAUCAAAUAUAUCACAUAAUUAUUGCGGAAGUGGAUUAUACAACAAAACAAAUUAAUAUUCAAUGUAAAUAAAUGAAAACAUUAGAAAUAGAAAACAAGAAUUUAGUUAUAAUCUUACGUUAAAGUAAAUAAUAAAAACAAUAAAUAUAAUAAAACAAAUACUUAUAGUAAAUAAUAAAAACAAAUCUGAAGUGUCAAUACCGCAACUGUCAAAUAAAUGUUACCAAAGUAUGCCAAAAUGUACCCUUUGUUCGAUCGCAGUUAGAAUGUAAUCCGAAUAAGUGUGCUUUAUAAACACGCUUUAUAUUCCACCUAUACAAAUUAAAUGAAAAAAGUUACGGUAUGUUUCUUUAAAUUUACAGUAAUAGAAACAUUCUAAUAUUAUUUCUAGCUUAUAUAGUUAAAUAUGUCUGGUGGCUGUAAUUCCAGUGUAGGGAACAUGCAUAAACUACGUCGUAAAAAUUUUGGAGUUUUUAAUACCCUCCCCCCUUCCAUCGUAAAGCGUCGUUUGGAGUUGCCCCCCUCCUCAUACCGACGUCGCAAUUGCAACUCAUGACCCCCCUUUUAGUGAUUUUUUUUAAUUCCAUGUUAUUCCUAGAUUUUUAAAAGUUAGCUCUCAAAGUUUAUUUACGAAUGUAUCCAAAUCAGUAUUACUAUGUAGCUCAUUAAUAUCCGCGUACUCUCUCAAUUCACUGUACAACUAAUAAUUAGCUUUACAGGGACAAAAGACAACACUUUAUCGGAGUUCCUAUGCUUUCUUAACUGCAUCAUAUAAAUCUUGAUACUUAUUUUGUUUUGAUUUCAAUGCCAUUUCUUUUAUUAAGUAUUGGGACCGUGCAAGUUCGGCAAAGCGACCUCUAUUUCUACGCUCUGUACUUUUAUUCGCACUUUUAAUUAUAUUGGCCAAUUAUAUUAGUCCUGGUUGCUGGAUAAUUGUCAAGGCCAUAGUCCAAAAAAAUAAUAAGAAGAAAAAAUAAGAUGCAGGUUAUGUUAUGCAAACGUAAACAAUUGUAUGUAGUAAAUAAAAUUAGUUAUUAAAAUGCAGUACUGCAAGCAAAAUAAAAUUAAAUAAAUUUACCUUUAUAUAAUAAUUGCAUAUCAUAUCAAUAUUGUGGAGCAAUAUAUAAUUUUUCUGCUUCAAUGACAGAAGGUAUGAAAUAUACGUCAAUUUGACAAUUUCAAUUGACAAUAUGAAUUAUUUAAGAUAGUUGCAAUAUUUCUCCGCUAUUCUCGCACGGUCGUUUCUCGUUUCGCUUCCAAGUACUUGCACACCGCGAAUAGGUAAAUAGAUACAAUGUACUAACUAAAUAGAAUAAAAUAUUUUAUUUCUAUUCAUUCGUUUAGAAUUUUUUCACAAAGAGUAUUUAGUAAGUGAACAGUUUAAUAUUUAUUGCUUCCAGACGUUGUUCUGAAAAGACGCGUUUGUUUAAAGACAUAUGACAAUGUUGUUUGUUAUUCUGUAUCAUACUACUAGCAAUAUUAUUAAGGCUGUGAGUGAUAAAAACGAAAUGAAAAAAGUAUGCUAUAAAAGUAAUAUACUAAUUCUUUUUCAUUCUAAAAUAGGGUAUAUUUUUUUAUAUUACCCCCUGUCACUUACCUUACACCCCUGUCGUAUACCGUCGUAAUAAACAAAGUCCCCUCUCCCCCUUUUCAACGACGUAGUUUAUGGAUGCUCCCGUACUGGGGCUAAACGAUUUUAAAAAGGAACAUACCUACCACUUAAAUAUUUCGUGUUGGUAUCAUGUGAGGUCACGAGCUAUGACGCGGAUGACGUGCAAUGGUAAAUAUACUGUAAAUACUGUAAAUUUGCCUAUAAAAUCUAAACAUUUCUAUAAUCCGGCACCCUCUGGUUUUUAAUAGUGCCGGAUUAGUCAGAUUCUAAUGUACUUCAAACAAUAUAAAUAAUUUGUCAUAAUUUUUAGAUAUGUUAUAAAUGUUUCCACGGAUUUUUCCAAAAACUUACGUAAAGCUUGUUAGUAGAUAGAGAAAUAGAUCAGUAUGGUUAAAAGAUAGUCAUGAUUUGUAGAUAUUAGAUACAAACUAAUAAAGAAUGAUAGAGACAUCGAGUUUUGGCAAGAUAUGAAAGUAGUAGAUUGUUUAAAAAAGCCGGAUUUGUUGGUUUACAAUUAUUUUGGAAUCCACUAUAGAAAUCUACUGCCACUAUCCAGGCAAGCUCGCGCAUAUUGCCUUAUACUACCUGUUUUUCUAAAAAGCAGCUUACGCCUUAGAUUAUUAUAGUCUAGGAACCUCUACACUCUUGUUUUAUACAAAUUUUAUUAUUAGGUACAUUCGAUAUUUUAAAAACAUUACACAUUAUUUUUAGAUUAUAAUGCAAAAACUUUAAAGAGUAUUACAUAAUGUAUUUAGCCAAAUAACAGCAAGAGUUGUUGACAUUUUUCAUGAUCGUAAAAAUUGAAUAAAUUAUUCACAACUGUAUGAAAAUAAACUGAAGUGAAAAACUUUUCGAACGGAUUACAAUUUCCUCAGAAUGUUUUCGGUCUUAUCAGACCAUCAUCAGUAAAUGCAUAAUUAGGGUAAUUGGGACUAAUAGCCACUUACAAGGUUAAGUUAACAAGGUUAAGUGGAUUAUAAAUAUAUUCUUUAAAGUUUUUACACUAUUUUAGUACAACUAAUGUAGUAUAGCGGCCUAAGUUUAAUGUUUGCGAAAUAUUUUUAUUCUUCUAUUUCUCACGUCUUCAUAUGGUACAAAAUAUUGCUACAUCGAAGUAGAAUAUUUAAUUAUUGAUCAGACGUAGUUAUAUCGUUGUUCUGGUGCAUAACUUCAAAAAUAUAUACAAAAUGUCUAUAUUAUAUUUUGUGUAAAAUAUAUCAAAAGAUUUACAAAGUAAAAUAAAAAGUAUUAACCCAUAUUGUAGGUUUAUAAUAGCAACGACUAUUGCAACUUUUCUGCAAUUAAAUUGACAGAACAGUUUUUUUACAGUUCGUACCAGAUCGAAAGAACUAAUGUUGCGCACCUUUAUGCCAGGUAUACACGACAACGAUUUAUCGUAGCGUUAUGAUUGCGCAGUUCGUUUGUGCAGUUUUAUCGAUGAUGUGUACGAAAAUUGGAGCAGAUUUUAGGUUGGUGCAAACGAUUGGCAGGUAGGAACAAAAUUUAUUCGAUAAAUCGUUGUCGAUCGCGGUAUCGACAACGAUUACAAGUUUUAUCGUAGUGUGUGGACGGAAAUUGGGCCAAUCAUUCAGUUCGUUCACAAGUCUUACCGUUGGCGGACGUAUCCGCCACGUUAAAACGGGAUUCAUGAGAAAUUGUAAUAGUUUAUCCAAUGCUAGAGAAAUGAAGUUACCAUGUGGAAUAAGGAAAGUAAAGAUUUUCACGACCUCAUUAUGAAAAAUGCUGCCUACGAUAGGCUAAUAAAGUACAAACCUAUUGAUUCUCAUGCCAGUAUGGAGACGGUAGUAAAGAAAAUAAAUAAACUGCGGACUUCUUACAAGAAGGAACUCAACAAAGCCAAAUAUUUUCUUCUCUUUUGUACAAAAUAAGCCACGCUAUCACAAGCAUCUCGUCUUCUAUUGUGGAUAAAAUGUUUACAGUCUGAGCUUCCGCAAAGAACUGAUGAUCGAUGCAAAUUCUAUAGACGUGUGGACACGUUUUAUAGGGCUUUUCAUCGAUUGUCAUUUUUUUUUCGAGCGUCUGUCAUGUGUCACAUAUUAAUGUAUCUACGUCAUACGUCUUUGGUUUGUAUCAUUUGUAUAUACCAAUAACGUACGACGUAGAUAUAUUAAUAUUAUGUGGCACAUGACAGUAGCUCGAAACAAAUGACUGUGAAUGAAAAGCCCUAUAGACAAACGAUCUGAACAGUCACAUCGCACAGUGGUUCCGAAUGCUGAAAACGUGGUCAUGAGGUAAAAUAAAAAGUCCCUAUUUAGGGAUUUUCAUGUUUACAGUUGUUUCUCAUACUAUCGUAGAAUCGUAAUACGUGGGUAUAAGGAUCAGACUGGAUCUAUGCUUAUUCAUAACUCAUAACAAGUAAGCCAUGUACGACCUUAUUUUGGCCGGCAGUGAAAGUCAAAAAGAACGCUUAGACUGAAAAAGCUGUAAAAAGUUUUGUAGUUUAUGAAUUUUAUUGCUGUAAAGCAGAUUCUUCUUUUUCAAGUUUAAAUUAAUGUAAGAUACAAGUCGACUAAAGAUUUGAUGACAAUAAAUACAUAAAAUUUGUUAAUGAACAAAUAGUAAAAAUAUACUUGAAUUUCAAAAUUCAAAAGUACAUAAUUUUGCAUAGUUCUGCGAUUAAUGUUUAUUAGUAUCAAAAUGUACAGUCACAAGAUACAGAAUCACAUUGGAUUAGCUGCCUAUAACUGCCUAUGCAUUGCUGGCAGUUGUUGUACAUAAGUAAUAGGUUCUGAAUAUUGUACUUCAAAAAGAAAAUGUAUUGGUAAUCAGCAAUUUCAAAAGUCCCUUAUAAUAUAAAAUUUCAAAAAAAUAUGCAUUUAAAAUAAAAUUUUCGAAUUUCUUUCGGUCAUGUGGGAUCCGCCAUUUUGUUUUUCAAAAAAACAAUGUUCGAUUUGUAAUCAGUGACAUUAAACUACCAAAUUUAACAAAAAAAAAAAAUUUGCAUUUUGAUUGAUAUUUUCAAUUUUUUUCGCCAUGUUGGAUCCGCCAUUUUGUUUUUCAAUAAAACUAAUGUCAGAUUCGUAAUCAGCGAUGGUAAAAAUCCUUAAAUACGAAAGUAAUCCCAAAGUAUAUGAACAAUAUAUACCGUUAAAGGUUCAUGACCACCUUUUCGGCAUUUGGAACCAGAGUACAUCGCUAUGAUAAAUCCUUGUAAUGUAUACCGAGCGUUAGUAUUUCCGACUGUUGUCCAAAAGCAGUUAUUGGCGAUGUAAACACUGAUCGGCUGGGUGCCAUAUGGUAUAAAAAUGAUAAUUUGCACUGGCUCUUGUUAACUGGCGGGUAUAGUCGGUUCGCUAAACUCGGACACAACUGGCUAGUGAUUUUAGUAAUUUUGCCAAUUGUGGCAAAAUUAGCUAAAAACAAAAAAAUUACCUACUAAAAUCACUAGCCAGUUGUGUCGAGUUUAGCGAACCGACUAUAACAACGUUUAAUUUGCAGUUGGAUUGCAUGGUGAUCUGACACUAAAUGCCAUGAGAUAAUACGAUGGUUUUUGCAGUUGUGUACCACUACAACGUCUUUGACUCCAAUAAUUAUGUAAAUAAAUAAAUAAUCUUGUUGUUGAUAUUUUUACGUACAUACUCGAAAUCGACGAGUAUAAUAUCUUAUAUCUGUUAAUAAAUUUACUUCCGUACUAGUGUAAUAGAUUACAUUUAUAGAUAUUUUUUAUGUUACAGAUUUAAUUUUUUUAAAGUAAUAUAAUUUUCUAGUAUAAACGUUGUUAUAUAAUAACUUAUGAUAUGAUUAUUUUAUCACUAGUUGGUCAUUUUGUUUAACCCUUUCACGUCAGAUUUUCUUCCAGAGUCAAUACUGUUGUGUGAUGUUUUUUUUAACGGGCGAGUACGUAUACGUCUAGAACAGGCUUAACCCGGGAGCAGUCGCGCUCACUUCUGUUACGUAGAUAGUCGCGCAUAGAAAAAAAAUUUCACAAUGCAAAUUUAAAUAGUAAUUUAAAAUAAAAAAAUAUGAAAACAAUUUUUUUAAGAAACGCUUUUCUUUAGUUACGACUGACUAAAAUUAAAAAUAUUAUAAAAAAAAUCAACUAAAAAGCAAAAAAUAAAAAAAAUUGAAAAAAUCUAACACAUUCGUUAAAGAAAAGCGUGGCGCGUGUUCAUCGAAUAAACGGUUUUCGCCCCACGAUUUUCUUUAACGAAUGUGUUAGAUUUUUCAAUUUUUUUUAUUUUUUGCUUUUUAGUUGAUUUUUUUUAUAAUAUUUUUAAUUUUAGUCAGUCGUAACUAAAGAAAAGCGUUUCUUAAAAAAUUUUUUUUCAUAUUUUUUUAUUUUUUACUUUUUAGUCUUACACUUUUUAAACAUUAAAAUAUAUCGUCAUGUUUAUUAAAAUAUGUAUAGAACAUAUGAUGUACAGUGGAACCCCGUUAACUCGGAUUAAUCGGGACCGCGGCCUAUCCGGGUUAUCGAAAAUCCGGGUUAGCCGGAGAAAAUGGUAAAAAUUAAUAAAAUAUGGUAUGCUUACAGAUAAACUCGGUUAUAAUUGUCACACAGACACUGGUAAACCACGUUCGCAUUCCACACAAAACCACACAUACAAAGCGUCGUCAAGAGUCUUAUUCUUAGCUUUAUUAGCUUUGCACCGAUUGUCCAAACUGUCUUUUGUUAUCAUUUUGAAAAAAAAAUCUUCGAUUUUAGUUCUAUUUUUCUUCCAAUCCGAUACUGUAGAUGUACCGACACCAUAUAAUGCUGCAAGAUUCACCUUUAUCAAUUCUACUUAAUGCUUCUAGUUUCUUUUCCAUUGUCACUACAACAUUUUUACGUUUUGUUGCCCUUAUAGACAAAAACACGCACACAAAAUCUGAAUAGAUUUACGAACGAUUGGAAGCGAACAAUACGAAAUACGACUUUACUACACACAAUACCGUCUCUGAUGUUAUGUUAUUUAAUAACAGUGAUGACUAAGACCAUUGUUAAAAAAAGAAUAUUAAUGGUCUUUGUAAUGGUAUAUGUAGAUCAAAUUACACAAGUACCCAUUAUCUCUCAAAUAUUAUAUUACAUAGAAUACAUCUUUAUUGUUGAAAUUUUUGUCUGAUAAAAAUCGGUCCGGGUUAGCCGGAGUUCCGGGUUAUCGGGGGCCGACUUAUCGGGGUUCCACUGUACUAACAUGAAAAGUAAUCGGAAUCGGCAAAAAAUUUGAAACUUUAUUGUUUAGUAAUGAAGCAUAACGUAAACAAUUAACGUAAAAAAUGAAAUUAUGUAUUGUUCACAUCAUUAGCUAUACAAUCAGUAAAAGUCUCAAGUUUUUACAGUGUAAAAAACAAGAGAAUUUAAGCGUUUUCCAUUAAAAUCGUUUUUUUUUUUAUUUAAACAAAUAAUAAACAUGAAAACAUUUUUUUAUUGACUAUUCGUGUAUUGUUCCCGCGAAUGCAUAUGUCUGCAAAUUUUCAUUCAUUUCCAUUGAAGAAAAGGCAGUGAAAUUAACGUCUAAAGAUUUGACGCAAACUAUUGAAUUAAAUAAAAGCGUUUAAAAAAUAUAUAUUUUAUAUUAUUUUUAUUUACUUGUUAUGUUAAAAUUUCUAACAAUUUUAAAGCUAAUUGGUUCUCACCAAAGCCAUAAAUUCCACAAAAAAAGAAUUAAAAAAAAAAGAAAUUAAAAAAAUUUCCACGCAUUACUAUAAUCCUCCUCGAGGCACUUACGACUGGAAAGCAAUGUUGCAAAACUUUCAUCAAGUUAUCACGGAAAAGGAUAAAAUGUGAGAUUUUUUCUCACGGCGCGACUGCUCCCGGGUUAAGGUCUAUUGAGUAAGAGAAAGGACAUGGUUUUCUUGAGUAACAGAAAUAACUUCUGAAUUUUUACAUAACUAUUAGAGCAGUCUGCCGUUCUGUAAAAUCCGUAUAUACUAUCGGAGGAAUUUCGUGUAGAGCAGGAGGAAUUUUUUUACGUGUAGAGCAAUUAAAAGGAUAUGAAACAAAGAGUAAUCAUUGUUUUACGGUUUAAUAUAGAUGAAAGUUACAGACAUUACACAUUACAUAAACCCUUAAAUAAUAUACAAACUGUACAGAAAGAAGCCUAAAAUUAGUUAAAGAUAAUCGCAUCAAAUCUUCACCCAAAAAUAAGUCUGUUCAGAAGGCCUUAAUUAUUAAAACAAGUUUUAGACGAAAUUCGGCAUUAUUCCCAAACAUAGCCUUUUCUAGAGCGGUAACGCCGAUUCAUACCUUAUUUUAAUAAAAUAUGUUUUUGUUCUUUGUUCUCUUUACUAUUAGGGAGGUCUGAUAAGUACUUAAACUCCAAAAGAAUAAUGAAAAUUUUGGAAAAGUGACGAUUUAUUUUUUAUUCCUUUUAGCUCGAUACACUUGACCCAGCGAAGCUCCAAUUUCUUUAACCUUUCUGAAAAGUACGUUUUUUCGAGGUCUGCAAAGUAGGCUUCCAUGACAGCGAUGAACAACUCCUCAUUCGACUUAAAUUUAUGUCCGAUUAGUGACUUUUUCAAGUUUGGAAACAAAAAAAAGUCAAACAGGGUCAAAUAUAGAGAAUACGGUGGAUACGAAAUCGACCAGUUUGACGACGGCGGAGGUGCGAGCCGGUGCGUUGUCAUGGUGUAAGAGCAAUUUUUUCUUCCCCAAUUGGGGCUGUUUUUCUGCAAGUCGGCAUCGAAUCGAUCCAAUAAUGCGACAUAGUAAAGCACUGUGACCGUUUUGUCAUUUUUCAGGAAGCUGAUAUAGAUCACACUUCGUGAAUCCCAGAAUACGGUGGCCACCACCUGUCCGGCCGAUAGGACAGAAACUCUCGCCUUUUUCUGAGCACGUUCGCCGGAUGGAGUCCACUGUAUCGGCUGUUCCUUGGAUUCUGGUGAGUACCGGUGGAUCUAAGUUUCGUCGACAGUUACGAAGCAACGUAGAAAAUCCUUCGGAUUACGCUUACACAGCCUCAGACAUUGCUCUGAAGUGGUCCCAUCGUGGGACAUUUCCCAGUGGGAAAACGCGGCACCCAUCACGCCAACAGCUUUCUCAAAUCCAAAAUUUCAUACACGAUAUGUGUCACAAUCUUUGCAAUCUUUUGGGAUGCCUAGUGUCUCAGCUGUCUCGUGAAGCUUUAGUCGUCGGUCUACCAAUAGGAAAUCGCGUAUACUGUAGCUAUAUACUGAGCUCAGAUGUAAUAUGUAGUGUGUCGAGUAAAUGUCUUGUUACUUAAUAAAGUUAACUUCAUUGUCUUACAAAGAGACGCUAGUAGUUGUAUCCGAACGUCUGCGGUCCCCCCGGUAAGUAAUAUCUAAUUAGCUAGAUCUCAAUAGGGCUUUUCAACGGUUCUCAUUUGUUUCGAGCCUCUGUCAUAUGUCGUAUAUUAAUAUUAUACACAGAUUAUACAACAUAUGACAGAAGUUCGAAACAAAUGAGAAUCGUUGAAAAGCCCUAUGUCAACUCUCAGAAAUGCCAGUGUGUCAAUCAAUCAUUAUCCUUUGUCAUAUUGCUAUAAUUGUUUGAUGCGUUCUGUUGCAGAGGAAAAAAAGUUUAAUUUUAUGGCUUUAGGUUCUAUGGGUAGCAAAGGGACGGUAUAUAAAAAAAUAAUUCAUACUUUGCAAGCAUCCAACGGAUAGAUAAUAAGGGAGACCGAGGCUUUUAAAAUUUCUGUCAACAGAUUUCCAAGCCAUCGGAAUAAUUGAUGUUUCAAUCAUGAAUUUUGUUUUCGAUCUACUUACCUUGAUUAUUGGGGCGGGGGGGGGGGGGAAUAAUUAUUAUUUCCUUUUUUGUAUCUAAAGCAUUUAUGUUCUUUAAAAUAGUCUCAAUAAACAACAAAAAUAUUAAAAUUUUGAAAUCCCUGUACUACUAGUGAUAAAAAUCAUAGUAUCAAAUAUUUAUAGUUUACACAAAGAAGCUGAUAUUUAAAAUUAAGUAGUCUAAAAGAUUCACUUGUAUUUGUUUUACUUUAUACUUAUGUUAAACCGUCCAUGUUGUGUUCAGGCGUAUUUUUUAAAUAAUAUAAUUUUAUCUCUGAACAUUUUUUUUAUAGUUUUGUUUUAGUUUAUAUUUUUUAAGUUACUUGUUUAUUUGAAGCUUAGAUAAAUAAAUAAAUAAUAGAAAAAUA